UAAGGCCGCGCGACGCGCUUACAAGUGAUGACAUCCGAGAGCGCCGCUACCGCCGCGGACGCCGACGCCAUGAACAGCGUAGGGGAGGCUUGCACCGACAUGAAGCGCGAGUACGACCAGUGCUUCAACCGCUGGUUUGCCGAGAAGUUCCUCAAGGGGGACGGCUCCGGGGACCCAUGCACCGACCUCUUCAAGCGCUACCAGCAGUGUGUUCAGAAAGCGAUAAAGGAGAAGGAGAUUCCUAUUGAAGGACUGGAGUUCAUGGGCCAUGGCAAAGAAAAGCCUGAAAGCUCUUCCUGACCUUGACAGUCACCUUGAAAGUGGACUCCUCAAAUCAGGAAAUUGAAGACUCUGGAUUGUGUAAAUUAAAACUGAAGAUAGAAUUGAUUUGAUGAAUUUAGGAGGAAGGAAUUUCCUUUCCUCCUUGAUAUCUUUCUCUCAUUUGUAAAAAAUGAUGAACCAUCACUCUUUGCUUUGAGAUUUCUGGUUUUGGCAUCACAGCAGGAACUCAGCAUUCUAAAUAAUGGGAUUAUUUGGGAUUAUCAUUGCAGUACUCGGUCUGGGAUCAGUUUUAAAUAUAUCUUGUAUAAAAACUCUAGUAAGCUUGUCAGGAUGACUAAGGUUGCCUGACCUCCAGUCAUUCUUUGAAGGACAUUACGUACACUCUACUGGGUUUAUUUGUUCAUGGAAGCAACUGGUUAAGAUCUAUUUUCUCUAAGGGAGCAAAUACUCCCUUAGAGGGUUCCCAGAACAACAGUUUCAGUAAUGCUUGGAAGCACAGUUUUAUUUUUAUAUAGUAAUUUAACUGUUAAAGAUUGUUGGUGGACUGGGUUAACCAAGAGGAAGACAGCUUUCAACAGUUUCCUACCUUAACAAGAGGUGUCAGAUUUCAUACUAAGAUGUGAAAGCUUCAUGAAUGCUGCAGUGAACACCAUUUCAGAGCACUUGGUGUAGUUCAGGAAUUAAAAUCCUUGGAGUGGCUAUGGAGGAAGAUCCUAAAUUACCAAGAUUUGCUGCUGCCAGCUUUCAGCUUGUCAAUGAAUUAAAUCAACCUGUAUACAUAAAAAUGCCAAAAUGCUGCAUAUGAUUAAAUGGGGGUGGGGGGGGUGAAGAGAUCACUUUACUUGCCUUGUUUACUCACCCUGCCUGGUAAUGCCUGAAAUCAUGAAGAUGGAAUAAAUUUUAACUUUUGGUUUAUAUUC